AUGGAUGCCGCAACAAAAGCGAGAUACGAUCUCAUCACUGAGAAUCUCGCGGAGAUUCUCAACCCUGAGAUCCUUGAAGAGAUUCUAAUUGAGGGUAAACGAAACCCGCGCAUCUACUGGGGUACUGCAACAACCGGCCGGCCACACACUGGCUAUCUUGUCCCCGCAUUGAAAAUCGCCCAACUUGUCGCUGCCGGAUGUGAUGUCGUUGUCCUACUUGCCGACAUUCACGGAUUCCUCGAUAACCUCAAGGCUCCACUCGAGCUUGUCGAAAGCCGUGCUAAGUACUACAGCAAGGUCAUUACGGCAAUCCUCCAAUCAGUAGGUAUUCCUACUGAGAAGUUGGAGUUUGUUCUUGGUAGCUCUUACCAAACGAGCCCCGCAUAUGUGAUGGAUGUCUACCGUCUAUCGAGUGUGGUUUCUGAACACGAUGCCAAGAAGGCCGGUGCAGAGGUUGUUAAACAGAGCGAUAAUGCUCCAUUAAGUGGACUGCUCUACUCUGUUCUCCAGGUUCUGGAUGAAGAGCACCUUAAAGUUGACUGCCAGCUUGGCGGAGUCGACCAGAGAAAGCUAUUCGUUGCUGCCACUGAGUGGCUACCAAAGCUUGGAUACAAAAAGCGUGCUCACAUCACCAACCCUAUGAUUCCCGGUCUCAGCGGCGGCAAGAUGAGCUCAAGUAUUCAAGAAAGUAAAAUUGAUCUCCUCGACUCAGUCGAGACCAUUGCAAAGAAGAUUCGGAAAGCAGAAGCUGCUCCUAAAAUCGUCGAGGAGAAUGGAGUUGUUGCCUUGGUAGAAUUUGUUCUGUUGCCCGCAGCUGCUCUGAAGGGCAAGAAGGAAUUCCGCGUUGAGCGCAGAGACCAGGAACCCUUGAUCUACACCGAUAUUAAGCAACUCCACGAAGACUACAGGAAUGAUGUUUUAACACCGCAACUUCUCAAGCCUGCUGUCGCGGCUGGGAUCCAGGCCCUCUUGGCACCUAUCUCGGCAGCUUACGAAGCUUCACCCGAGUGGCAGGAGAUUACUGCAAAGGCCUACCCGGCACCUGUUGUGCAGAAGAAGGAGAAGAAGGUCAAGGAUAAGGGCUCUCGCCACCCAGGUGCCAUCGCUCAUCACAUCAAAGCUGAGGAAAAGCCUUCCGCAGAGCAGUAA